UUUCCAUAAAUUUGUAAAAGCAACAUCUGGUUAAAGUGGCUCUUUAGCAGCCGGCAAGACAUGGCCUCGGUGAUGGAUCCCUGCUCCUUCGCUUCCUUGUCCAAAUGCACAACCAAGCAUUUGAACCUGGUUUUUCACGUUGAUUUUGACCGCCGUGUAAUCAAAGGAAAGGUCUCUCUUACCUUAGAAGUACUGGAGGACAAACUUUCUUGUCUGACCCUCGAUACCAAAGACCUCACCAUCACCAAGGUAAUAGCCAACGGUCAGGUGGCCAGCUUCAGUGUGGGAACCAAGCACAGCUUCAAUGGGACUCCUCUUGAGAUACAACUGCCCUUGGAACUAUUCCGGGGGCAACAUGUGAUUGUGGAGGUGACAUAUGAAACGUCUCCCAGGGCCUCUUCGCUGCAGUGGCUUACCCCCGAACAGACUGCUGGCAAGAAACAGCCCUAUCUGUUCAGCCAAUGUCAGGCAACUCACUGCAGGUCCAUGAUUCCAUGUCAGGAUGGCCCAUCGGUGAAGCACACGUACUAUGCACAGGUGUCUGUCCCUAAGGAGCUGGUGGCAGUGAUGGGUGCACUGCAUGAUGGACAGGAGGCUGACCCCCAGGACAACAGCAGGACAAUCUAUCGCUUCAGGCAGACCGUUCCCAUACCUUCAUACCUAAUUGCCCUCGUGGUUGGAGCAGUGGAAAGCAGGGAAAUUGGGCCCAGGUCCCGGGUGUGGUCCGAGAAAGAGCUGGUGGACCAAGCAGCCUAUGAGUUUGCCGAGACAGAGACCAUGCUGAAGACUGCUGAGAACCUCGUAGGCCCCUACGUGUGGGGGCAGUACGAUAUCCUGCUUCUUCCCCCCUCCUUUCCCUAUGCGGGCAUGGAAAACCCUUGCCUGACAUAUACCACGCCCACUCUGCUGGCUGGGGACAGGUCUUUGGCUGGGGUAAUUGCCCAUGAGAUCUCCCACAGCUGGACUGGAAACCUGGUCACUAUCAAGAACUGGGAGCACUUUUGGCUGAAUGAAGGUCACACAGUGUAUCUGGAGAGGAUGAUUGCCAGGUGCCUGGAGAGCGAACAGUUCAGGCAGUUCAAGGCCAUUGGGGGGUGGAAAGAAAUGCAGGAAGCGGUGAAUAUGUUUGGAGAGACAAACCCCCUUACCAACUUGGUUCCAUGUCUGAAUGAGGUGGACACUGAUCAGGCCUUCUCCUGCAUCCCAUAUGAAAAGGGCUUCGCGUUCCUAUACCACCUGGAAGAACUUUUGGGUGGUCCAGAGGUCUUUAUGGGGUUCAUCAAGUCCUACAUUCAGCUGUUUGCGUAUUCCAGCAUUAGCACUGAUGAGUGGAAGGACCACUUGUACACCUACUUCAAGGAUAAGGUGGAAAUCCUCAACAAAGUGGACUGGAAUGGCUGGAUGCACACACCUGGGAUGCCACCUGUCAAAAAUCGAUAUGAUACCACCUUGGCGGACGUCUGCAUCACUCUCUGCCAGAGAUGGGUCCAGGCGAAUGAGGCAGACCUGGCUAGCUUCAACGAAGCUGAUGUGAAAAAUCUCUCGUCUCCUCAGCUGAUCGAGUUUCUGGCCCUGCUGCUGCAUGAGAAGCCCAUACCUCUCAGUCACGUGAAGAGAAUGCAGGAGGUCUACAACCUGAACGCCAUCAAAAACGCUGAAAUACGAUUCAGGUGGUUGCGGGUUUGUCUCCGAGCCAAAUGGGAGGAGGCUGUACCUUUGGCCUUCAAGAUGGCCACUGAACAAGGACGCUUGAAGUUUACACGCCCCCUCUUCAGAGAACUGCAUGGCUUUGAGAAGUUCCGCCAGGAGACAGUCAGCGUGUUUCUGAAGCACCGCGCCUGCAUGCACCCUGUUGCCGUCGCUCUGGUGUCCAAAGAUCUGAACGUCGACCAGCCGCAGAGCAAAGCUGCGUAGCUGCACUGUGAAAGCAUGGAAAUGACCCUCCUGCAUUAAAAACGGCAUGCACACGGCAUAACAGUAUAGCUUGUCAUAUUAAUAAGCAGUCAUAAUACCCUACCAGUCAAAGGUUUUUGCACACACUGAGAUUUUCUACAUUUGCAUAUUACUUAACAUUUACUAAAAAUACACAAUAUUCUUUGCUAACAAAUUCAUUUACAGUAUGUUCACCAUUUGAGUACCUUUAUUAGCAAGAAAAUAUAUCAUUGAUUCAUCAAAGUAACCUCCUCUAGCAGUUAUAACGGCAGAGAAAAUUCAAGGCAUUCUUUCUACAAGGGCAAUUAAAUACUGCUUUGUUUCAUGGGACGAAAUAGUUAACUGGUGCAUCUAAAGUUAAAGGACAGCCUAGAAUUUGACUAUGCCAUCGCCACGCAACCAGUUAAUUGGAUGUCAGACAUGCACUCACAUAUAUACUCUAUCCAUGUUAUAAAGGAAACUAGUUAUAUCUGACUUAUGUUUUAAUUUAUAGUUAUUUGCUUUAACAACAAUAAAAAAAUCUGCAGUUUACGAAAUAAAUGGAAAAGUAGUAAAAAUCUGUAACGUGGAAAAACUUUUGAAUGGUAGUGCAGGUAUUUAGCUUUGCAGCUAAAAUGAGAUUAGUGUUUUGAGUGUUACUUUUUAAGUAAACUGCAGGAAAUUAAGCUUUUUAUUUUACAAUAAAUGGGCAGCACACACAUUUUGCAUGGAGUUGGGGUUGCUUUACUGCUUUUAGCAUUUCAAAUAAAAAAAAAUAAAUGAAAACCAA